UUUCUAAAUUAUAAAUUACUUGCUGUGCAUUUUGGACGCAAAGAUACUAAGCAAAUACUUUUUAAAAAGCAGAAUUCUUUUCUCCUUUCACGUGUCCUAAUCCGAUCACAUUUAAUGCCACAGACGGUUUUUAAUUGCUGAAUGUUGGGAGAACUGAGGAAAGAUGUCCGAUACGGCCAAAGAGAAAGCCGCUCGCCUCCUGAAAAAGAGGGGUAGUUUAUCUUCACUUGGCAGUCAUGAAGUUAAAGCCAAGGAAACAGCUGGAAAGACCAAAGAGUGGUUCUAUCAGCACUGUGUCUUACAUUGACGAGCCUGGUCAACACGAUGACAGCCAGAGACACGCGGUGCAGAUGGAAAACACAUAUCAGCUCGGUCCCGCAAAACGGUUCCCAGCAAUGGCGGUGAAUAACAUUUUGAAGGACGUCCUUACAAGUUACCUACAAGAAGAAAAAUACGAGGCGGAACUGUGCAGACAGAUGACGAAGACGAUAUCUGAGGUUAUAAAAGCGAGAGUGAAAGAGCUAAUGAUUCCCCGCUACAAGAUCAUCGUGCUGAUCAGCAUCGGUCAGCUGUGCGAGCAGAACAUGCGUUUCGGAAGCAGGAGCCUUUGGGACGCCAGCAGUGACACUUUCUCCUCAUACACCUUCAAGAACAGCUCGCUCUUUGCCGUCGCCAACGUUUACGCUGUUUACUUCGAGUAAAUCUCAAAAAGUGUACUUAUGUGGAUGAAAAUGCCUAACUACAAUCAGGGAGAGCUCAGACUUCUGAAAUCAAUCACUGGUAGCACUUUAAUUGACAAAGCACAGAUAUAGUAUCGGUACUCUUCACUUAACGACCGAGUUAAGUUCCUACGACUAGGUCGUUAAGCGAAUUGGUCGGUAAGCGAGGAGCUGCCGUUUACUGAUAUUUCAAGCAUACUGUAGGUUACUGGUAGUGGGUUUGUGUCAACCAUCUUUAGAUACUUUUUUAAUGUCGGAUUUCACCCUGUAUAAUAUUUUAGGAUGUUUAUAAACAGGGAUGCACAUCUGGUAGGCAUUCACCUUUAAAGCCAUACAUGCGGCAAUCGGUUGUUGUAAAAGCAUAAAUGCGUACUGAUUUUAUGUACAUUUGUGCUGAAAUGAAAAGAAAUAAUGUAAUUUAACCUUUACAUACUAUUCGUACUUCAUUUGCGAUAUAAAGGUUAAACUGCAUUUUAAUUUCUUCUUAUAGCAGUGCGCAUUUGCGCCGCUGCAAAUAUUUAUUGCCACACAUAUCAUUUUAAAGGUGAAUGCGUAAUGCGUGCCAGUUAUGUGCAUCCCUGUUUACAAACGUUUGAAUCAUGAUGCAUCUUUUCUCAAGUAGCCACUGUAUUUGUUCAUGAUUUGUACUUCAGUAGUAACUGAGUUAUUACUAAGUACUUGUUAAGUGUUACCUAAUUUCUUGUGCACAUUUUAUGUGAGGAAAUGUCUCUGUAGCGAUUUUUUCACUUAGAGUAUUCACAGUAACUUUUCUGUUUGAUACAAAAAAUGAAAUUCAUUCUUAGCUGAGAUGGUGCAAAGAUUGUUUAACAGAUAGGCUGAUUUAAUAUAAUUAAAUAGAAGAAAAUCGAUGCAUGACCAUAAUAACAUUUGCAAGAAGGCAAGACUAAUAAAGGUAAGUUGUUACUCUUGUUUGUGUUUAGGGUUUUUUGCUUUGUAUGUUUUUGAAAAGUACUGUGAAGUAUUGCCUUUCAUUGUAGUCUAACAUUAUGCAACAAUCUGUACUGUAUAUUAAAUGUAUAUGUAAUGGUUUUGAUAGCAAAAUUUAUUAUAACGUGUUGGCCUGUGCAUCUGUUAAUUGCACAACCACUAACUAAUCACUUAAUGUUUCUAGUCUAGUGUCAUUUCUGUAUCUAAUAUUUUAGGAGGUAUGACACCUUUUGCUUGUGUUUGGCAACUGUAAUUAUAAUGGUGUUUUUAGUCACCUAGUUACCUUUAAGUCAGAUUUUUGUAGUAUAAAGUAUUAUUUUAAACCUAUUUUCCAUGUAAUAAGACCAAUAUAUGCCAAAUAGUUAUGAAAGAUAACGGUGACCCUGAUACAUGGUACUUUGCUUUAAUACACAAAAGAAAAAUGUUGUGUGUGCGUGUUUGCGUGCAUGUAUGUGUGUUCAUUCAAGCAGACAAAUCUAUUUUCAGGCUUUGCUACUAUUGACUAAUUAUUGAUUGUACCAUAAUAACAUGACCACUAGUACACUGAAAUGUAUAGUAUAGUGAGCAAAUACUGUGUAUCUAUUAAAAGAAACAUCUCGGAUACAUUUCCAGCAUUUGUGGCAAUGUUUAUUUGACAAGUAUAACAAAAAUACAUGUAUGGCCUACAUUGUUUAUUGUAAAUCUUAAAAGAUUUAAAAAAUCUUAAAAGCCUUCUCUUGACACGAGGCACACACGCUGUACCACAGAACUAUCAGCUAUGUUCAAUUAAAAAUACUACAAGAGUAAAAACCAUUUUGUUUAAGGAUUAACAUUUGUUUAAAAUGCCUGUGAUCAUCCAUAUAAAGGAUUUAUCAUUA